CGUGACCAUGCUGUUCUUAUUUAAAGAAUGCCUGCCAUAUUAUUGGAAUCAGUCGAUGUUUUCUAAUCUAAACGAUACAAUUCUCCUGUAGUUUUUGUACUUUUCUGUGCAUCAGCGUGUAAACAUCGUCAAACCGGUAUAUCCACGCCGGUAUUUAAAAACAUUAAUAGGACUUUAAUGUUGUUUAUGUUUUUGCUUUGCUUCCUAACACGUUUUUUAAUAUGGGCCAGUUCAACUUGAGAAUAACAUCAAUAGUAUUUAUAUUGGUGACAGUAUCGGACGCUGCAAUAGUUUUUAAGGAUUCAAAAGAUGGUCCUUUUGUAACCGAAGAAGUCCACAAACGUCUUCUAGAAAUACCAUACAAACAAAUCCUAAACAGUUUGAAGCUCACAAACGAAGAUCUGCAACAUGCAGUUAACUUCGCGAGCGGCUCUAUCAAAAAAAUGCAUAGAAUGGAAGAGAACUUGCAUUCUGCAGAUAUUGGGGUAAAAGCCGGAACCCCAACUAAAGGAAUUUACAUUGUCAAUUCUCCCAAUAACAUUUCUAUUUCAAGGGCCAAAGAUGCGUUGAUUGUAAAUAAAGCUACUGGAUAUUUGAUUAGCGCAAAUAGAUUUAAACAUAAUCUACCUUCCAAUUCUUGGUCUCAAAUAUUUUCUGGUGUUGACUUUAAAUCUCUACCAAUAGGGGAAUCCUGCAACCAAAUAAAUAAAUUUUGUAAUUGGAAGAAACGCAUUUCCCCAUACCGAACUUCAGAUGGUUCCUGUAAUAAUGACAAGCAUGGCUCAAGAGGUGAAUCCAAUACGGUCUACAAACGAACUCUACCGGCCGAUUAUCUCGAUGGUGUUAGUCAAUUUAGAAGAUCCGUUACAAAAAAACAGCUUCCAUCAGCCAGGACUAUAAGUAAUUUUUUGAUUAAAAAUAAAAAUGAAACUGCCUACGAUUUGACGGCAGUUGUUGGACAAUGGUGGCAGUUUAUUGAACAGGAUCUAAGUCAAACUGCUGCAUCAGUAGCUGUAUCAACUGGUAAAGAGAUUGAGUGUUGUGACGAAGGCUAUAAAUUAUCACCCAGAUAUGAACAUUCUUUUUGCGCACCUAUUCAAAUUUCUGAAGAUGAUUCAUUUUAUUCACAACAAUACUUAAAUUGUAUGCCUUAUAUUAGAUCUCUUCCUGGACUUAGACAUGAAUGCACCUUUGGGCCGAGAGAACAAGUUAAUCAAGCAACUCACUAUCUGGAUGGAUCCCAAAUUUACGGAUCAACAGAGGAUCACCUAAACAACUUACGUUCCUUCAAAAACGGCAAAUUAAAAGGUUUCAUGUACAAUAACACAGAGUUCUUGCAACUCUCCAAAGAACCUAUAAACGACUGCCAGUUUAAUUCGAAUGACGAGAAGUGUUUUAUUUCUGGAGACUCCAGAGUUAACUUUCAUCCAUACAUGACUGUUCUACAUUUGUUGUGGCAUAGAGAACAUAACAGAAUUGCUGAAGAGUUGUCUAAAAUAAAUCCUGAUUGGGAUGAUGAGACUUUGUUUCAAGAAACAAGAAGGAUUGUUGUGGCUCAGAUGCAGCACAUUACUUAUGAUGAAUACUUGCCAAUCAUUUUAGGAAAAAAGAAAUCUGAACAAAUUGCUAAUGAUAACGACUACAACAAAGAUAUUGAUCCAAGAGUGUCUAAUAGCUUUGCUACAGCUGCCCUGAGGUCUCUUAACUCUCUAGUGGAUGACAAUGUUAUUUUGUACGAUGAAGAAAGAAAAGCGGAAUCCGUUUUGGAUUUAGAGAAUCACUUUAACAAACCUGAAGUUAUCUUGCAGAAAAAUAUGUUUGAUAAGCUUCUGAGAAGCCUGAGUACCCAAUUAUGUCAAAAACAAGAUGAUAAUUAUGCUAACGAUAUUAAAAACCAACUCUACUUUAAUGGUGUAUUUGGAUUGGAUGUACUUAGUUUGGAUAUACAAAGGGGAAGAGAUCAUGGCUUAAGAAGUUAUUUCCAUUACAAAAAUUUGUGUAGGCCUAAAGAUAAGAAAUAUGAAAAUUUUGAAGACGUUAUGACUCAAAAGGCUUCCAAUUCUAUAAAAAAUAUCUACGCUCACAGUAAUGAUGUGGAUCUUAUAGUUGGAGGAUUGUUAGAAAAACCCGAUGAAGAUGCUCAAAUAGGACCAACGUUUUCGUGCAUUAUAAGCGAUCAAAUGUAUAGAACAAAAGUAGGCGACAAGUACUUCUACAAAAAUAGAAACCAGCCAAAACCAUUUACUCCUAAAAAAGUUAAAGAAAUUGAAAAAACUUCGCUUGCCAGAGUAAUCUGUGAUAAUUCUGACAAUAUACAGAUGAUGCAACCGAACGCGUUUAAACACAUCAGCCAAAAGAACAAUUUGAUUAACUGCAAUGAUUUGCCCAAAAUGGACCUACUAAAAUGGAUAGUAUAAAACAACAUUUCACUCAAAUUUUGGAAAAAAAAUAUUUGAAUAUUUUGAUUUAUAUUUUUAUUAGGUAUCUUAAGAACAAUUAAAGGGGUUGAUGGAUAAAAAGGUUAACUAAUAUUUUCGUGUCAAGCACUACGUUUUUGCAUAGCACAAAUAUUUUAGUUAAUAUUUAAUAUUUUAAUUAACCCCUAUAAUAAUUUAAAAAAACAUAAUUUUCUAGAAGAUAUGUUUACAAGACUGAUAUUUAUGGCUGUUUUAAAGUAUUCCAUUAUACAAUAUUUUUAGGUUUCUUUUAAUGUAUAUGUACUUAUUGUACUUAUGACAAAGUAAUCUUUGCUUUAUGACAUUUUUACAUUGUUAAAAAAGACUUUAAGGUCUUCUUGCUUUUAUGAAAUUUUUAAAAUACUUAAG